AUUACUUUCGGAUUACUCUAGCUAGUAAACACUAUGGAGAGACCGGCUGAGUGUCUUAUUUCUUUUAAAGAUAGUGAUAAAUCAUUUUACCUGUAUUCUAAAUCAAUGAAAGAUGCUGGCUUCAUGCUUAUUAUUUCUGAUCUGAAAAAAUCUUGGAAGAAAACAGUUGAAGCUGAUGAAAUAGAGAAAAUGAGAAAACAAACCACACUAUCAAAGCUUCAAUACGAAAUAUCUCUUAACAUGGCUUUAACAUCAUCAAAUGAUGAAUAUUUUAUAGAAUUCAAUACGAAAAAUGCAACAUUAAUAAUCAGAAAGAAACUUAUGGACGAUGACAUGAAGAUUCGCUUAGCCGAAGCAAAGCUUAAAGAAACUGAUAUAGAAGAAUUUUCCCAUGCUACUUGCAAUUAUGCUCUCGUUACGACUGCUACCUUAAAAGAAAAGAUAAAAAGCUUGGAAAGAGAGAAGAAAAACGCUGAAAAUAAUAAUGAAAAAUUAACUGAAGUUCUUAAAGAGGCUACGGAAGCUAAGCUAAAUCUGGAAAAUGAUCUUUAUCAAAAGUUUCUUGCUGUUUUAAAUGCAAAGAAAAGAAAGAUAAGGGAAUUGGAAGAUGGACUGGGUGAAAGCUCUUCGAUUUCAAAUAAAGACAGUAAUAAGGACGAAAGAGCUACAGAAGAAGAUGACAUUCCAACAGAAGAUGAAUCAACAGUAAAAGAAGAUACCCCUAAAAAAGCAAAAGUUGUCACUAGAAAUAGAAAAAUCAAGAAGAAGGAUACAAAGGAACUUUCUGUUACUCCUAGUAUAAAGAAAACAAGAACUCCGUCCCUGAGAAGGUCUCUUAGGUCCAAAUCGUCGUCCCAGAAUGAAGAGGAUCUUAUAAACGAUAUGUGA